AUGAAUUUGGCCAAGAUGACCGCAGCCGAUUUGCCCCUCUUCCGUGGCAUUGUCUCCGAUCUCUUCCCCAACAUUGAGAUUCCGUCCAUUGAUUAUACCAAGGCAAGUUCUGAUCCUCCUCCCUCCCCCUUCAUCUCACCCACAUCCAAGACAGCUAUAAUUCAGCUCUUUGAGACCCAGAGCUCUCGACACUCGGUCAUGAUUGUGGGCAAGACGCUCUCGGCAAAGUCCACCACCUGGCGCAUCCUGCAGAAGGUGCAGGCUAAACUGGCUGCCGACAAAGAACCCGGUUUCCUUCGCGUCUUUGACUACCCCCUAAACCCAAAGUCAGUGUCUCUGGGCGAACUCUACGGGGAAUUCAAUAUCGCCAGCAACGAGUGGACGGACGGUGUGCUCUCCAGUAUCAUGAGGACGGCCUGCGCU